UAAGUGGAUCAUGUGAAAAAAUCUUCGUGAAAGAAAAUUUACAACAAAACAGUGUGGUCUUCAAGCAAUAAAAUGUGGUCACCGGGAGUCCUACUGACGCGCGCCGGUUGGGAAGCCCGCGUGACAAGAGCUGUUUCGACGUCCUCAGCGUCCUCCAGCCAAUGCCGAAUCCGUCGAAAUUAUAGAGCCUUUUCAUCCAGCACAACAUCGUCACCACCCGACGUAGCGUUGUUUCGAAGCGGAAAAAAUGAUAUUUUCUUCAACUUCUCUGCAGAAGGCAGUCUGUGCAAUCAGCCAUUUCGGAAUGUGCUUUUUCAGUGGCGCAAUGAAACUGUGGUUACGAUUGGUAGACAUCAUUAAGGCAAUUAAUAUGAAACUGUAGAAGACGAGGUUAGUACGAUGUAAGUUGUAAAGAGUACAAACUUUUUUAGAUGGAGAAGUAGAGUCUUAUUUCGGUAUACCGUUUCGGAAUGCUGAUCAGGGCAACACAUACACACCAUGAGCAUAGAGAAGAGUCUACGAGUUUAUGUCCUUCCUCCUCUAACCUCGAAACCCCUGGUCAGAAUGCAAGCUAUCGGAGUUAGAAAAAGAUGGGGUCGAGUUAGUCCGGCGAGCUUCAGGUGGCGGUGCAGUGUUGCAGGACCUAGGGUGUCCGACUUUCACUUUCCUAGGCAACGCAAGCGACUACGGUGGAAUCGCCGGGCUCAGCAAGUUCUGUGACCGCAAUUUCAACUUGGUGCUCAAGGCCCUAGAGCGCAGUGGCGUUUCAGGCUGUAGUCGGUCGGGGCGCAAUGACAUCGUUUGGAGCGGACCGGGUGAGGAGGGAGAGAAAGUGAACUAUUAUGCUUAGACUAAACUCAAAAAUCUCAGACUCUUCAUGAUCAAAAAUUGAAUAAUAUCCUCGGAACUUAGUUACACCAAUCACGUGAGGAAUACUUUCCACCAUUUUUUCCUUUAAUCCUCCAAAAUUAGCGGCUCGGCCUUCAAGACGCUCAAGAACAGAGCCAAUGAGGAGAAGAUGAUACAUCAUGGGACUCUGCUUUACAACACGGACUUUGGGGCUUUAGGCUAUGAGUUGUGGUUUCUGUAUCUUCGUCGUCUGACGUGAAUAUGUUGUAGGUGAUGCAAAUUGUAAAUCAGAAAGUAGCGAUAUUUGUUAAAGAAACCAGGAAGAACUUCUUCGUACUCUCCUUGCAGGAGGCUCUCACUUCUGUCUAAUCGCAGCGGUAUCUGACACCAUCCAAGGUCAAGCUCCAGGCGAAGGGCAUCCAGAGCGUCAAGAGCAGAGUUCGGAACCUCAAGGAUUUGAAUCCGGAUUUGUCGCUGGAAGAACUCCUGCUGAACAUGGAGACGGUCUUUUUGGAAGAGUAUUUGUUUUCUAGAGUCCGUCGAUGCUACUGCUAAUAUGUUGCUCGCCUUGAGGUAGCAAUCACUGUCAGCACAUUUCCAUGCAUGAUGUAGGAAGAAGCUGGUCUUUCCCAGACCGACUACUAGUACUACAACAUCCACGACCUCCUACAGAGUCAACCCUUCCGCCGCCUCCCCGCCGACGCAUGAAGUACUUCUUCCCGACACACCAAUGCUGGUGAAAGACCCUGUAUUUCAGGCAACCUAUGAGAAAAUUUCGGAUUGGAACUUUCGGUUCGGCGAAACACCAGAUUUCUCUCACACUAUGGGCCCUGUCCGCUUGCCCAAGAGCCAGGAUCCAGACGGACCGGUGUGGGGGCAGUUCGAGUGCCAUUUGGAGGUAGACUGCCUUCUUUUUCUCUGGUGUGCUAUCGAGGACACAGGAGGAGUUCGUUGUAGUAUUACUCUACCUUUCUUUCUAACCAAAAUAAAUUUCAACCAAAAAUUUCCAAUUCAAAGGUGACCGGCGGCCGUGUCAAACGUGGCGUCGUUUUCAGCGAUUGCCUGUUGCCAGAGGCUGUCACCCAAAUGAACGUGGCGCUUAGGGACUGCGAUUUUGAGUAUUCUGCUGAGGCUUUCGCUCUUUUGAUGAAAGAGAGCACUAAGAAGAUGACAACAGACGAACAGAGGAUCGCAAUUGACUUCGCGACUUGGGCAGGGAAGGAGAUGAAAGCCUAGACGGGCCGCGGAAGUUACUCUGAUAAACUUUGUGUAGUAAAACUAUCAUUGUACCAAUGUAUAGAACCACUGGAAGUGUAAGUGACAUCAAAGCCAAGUGCACUAUCGUAGGCACAAGAAGAAGCUGGACAUGAACUCUUUGCACGAUUGCUGAGUUUGUAGCUUCUAGCCACGUAAAUAUUCAACUCGCGAUAUUGGUACCAGCAAUUGAGGGAGCAGCAGCAAGAAGAGUACCGAGAGAAAUUUGCUUGGAUAGAAGGACCAGAACCCCGUGUGUUGAGUGAUGAUGAUGAUCGAGACGAG